CGGAGCCCUCUGGCUGUGCGCGUCUGAGGAGCCGCAGCCCGAGUCGCGGACGGUUUGCUGAGCCCGUUAGUACUCUCCCGAGACUCACGCCGCCGUCAUGUCCCGCUACCUGCGACCCCCCAACACGUCUCUGUUCGUGAGGAACGUGGCCGACGACACCAGGUCUGAAGAUUUACGACGUGAAUUUGGUCGUUAUGGUCCUAUAGUUGAUGUGUAUGUUCCACUUGAUUUCUACACUCGCCGUCCAAGAGGAUUUGCUUAUGUUCAAUUUGAGGAUGUUCGUGAUGCUGAAGAUGCUUUACAUAAUUUGGACAGAAAAUGGAUUUGUGGACGCCAAAUUGAGAUACAGUUUGCACAGGGGGAUCGGAAGACUCCAAAUCAGAUGAAAGCCAAGGAAGGAAGGAAUGUAUACAGUUCUUCACGCUAUGAUGAUUAUGACAGAUAUAGGCGGUCUCGAAGCCGAAGUUAUGAAAGGAGGAGAUCAAGAAGUCGGUCCUUUGAUUACAACUAUAGGAGAUCUUAUAGUCCUAGAAACAGUAGACCGACUGGAAGACCACGGCGUAGCAGAAGCCAUUCCGACAAUGAUAGAUUCAAACACCGAAAUCGAUCUUUUUCAAGAUCUAAAUCCAAUUCAAGAUCACGGUCCAAGUCCCAGCCCAAGAAAGAAAUGAAGGCUAAAUCACGUUCUAGACCAAACUGCAGCUGGAAUACCCAGUACAGUUCUGCUUACUACACUUCAAGAAAGAUCUGAGAAAGCGGAAAAAGAACCAAAGAAGGGCAGUUCAAGCGACCAAAGGGUGGGUGGAAGGUGCUGCAGUAUGAAUACUGUACGAAUAUUUUGACUCUGGUCUGAAAAGAUAAAAGAAUGUUAUCGAAACUACAUGGAAUAAUUGAAGUCCCUUCAAGUUUGAAAGUAAGCAUUUUAGGACAAUUAAAAGGAAAUUCAACUUUGUACUUGUGGAAACUAACCCCUAAAUCUGAAUAGGUUUAUAUUGAUUCAUGGGUAACAAGUCCAUAAUAAAUUACUGGAAACUAGGAUGUCUGAGUAUCGAGGAAGACAGCCAUAGUCUUUUACAGUGCCUCUAUUGGUCUGUUUCAAAUUAAAUUGGGUGAGAAAAGGUGUGGUCCAAUUUAAAUUUUCUCUUGGGUUUUCUCUUAAAAGUCAGUUGCAUUUUCACCAUUGGCAAAUAUUGCCUUUAUUUAUUCCAGUGCCAGUGUUGUCUGCUUAAUGGUUUGCUUUGUUGGCAUCUGAGUUUAUUUACUUAUAUGCCACAUGCUGUUUACAUAUUCCUUAAACAUUAAAUUCUAGUUAUACUUGACAUCCAUCAAAGAGGGUCGGUCCAUCUCUUCUCACCUCUUUUCUAGUCAGUGUAUUCAGCAAACAUUUACUGAGCCCUUAAAGUGGGCAAGAAUUAUACUGGGUAAUGGGGAGAAAAAUAGAUAAAAUGCAAUUACUCAAUAAAUGUCUACUGAGCACAAUCUAGUGAAUCAUUACACAGUGGCCUCAUUGUCUUGUUUGAGGUGUGUUCAUAACUUUUACAGCAGUCAUGCUAAUGUAAUUAUAAAGCCUUUAAAACUAUCAAAGAUACGUAAUCUUGUGGUUAUCUGCCAUUUAAAAGUAUCCAAUAUUUGUUUGCAUCCCAUUAAUACAAGAUAAUCAAAAUGAUGUUUUAAUCUGUAAUAAUCUGAUUUGUUGUGCAGUGACUGUAAUAUACUAGAGUUAUAUUAAAUUGUUAACUCUGCCUCCUCCAAAACUUUAGGAAAUAAUCCUUUAAAUAAGUAUUUAAUUUUGCGUUAGAUAUAAAGGAGACACUGGGUGCUAUAAUUAGAUUAUUUUGAGGCAGACAGCUGUUACCCCAACUGAUUUAGUAUGUUCUGUAAUUGAGAAAAUGUUCACCAAAUUAUACUUUUUAGUGAUUGACAUGUACAUUUUAUAGGGGACAUGUUCUGUGUAUAGUGAAUAAAUAAUUUUUUAUAGUAUCACAAGAUGUUUUGAUUCCUUAGUUCCUUCUUAGGAUAUGAAGCUUGUCUACCUAUAUAUUGAGUCCGUCAUUCACAUAACUUGAUUUUUGUCAUUUUUUUCCACUUAGUAAAAUUUUCCAUGUAAAGUUUCAUCUAAAACUAUGAAAGUGUUUAAUUAAGCCUUUAUAAAGACUUUGAAAGUAGAGCAGAAAACACAUAAAGGGGAAAUGAAAUGGUACAGGUACUUUUACCCGUUUAUUUAAAAAAUGUUUUGUUUUUUUUUUUUUUUUACGUGUCUCCAAGUUCACACAGUAAAUAAAGUGGAAGAUGCUAUAUUAGAGUCCAUAGUUUUUCAUUUGGUCCAUCUCUUCCCCUUUUUAAUGGAAAUUUCAUAAAUAAAAUAUGCAAUCUAAAGUUCACUGAGGGGAGAUUUGAUAGAUUUCUAAAAAUGACACUGGGAAGUAUUUUGAGAAAGAGGUUUGUUAACGGUAACUGAAACCUCACACUUGUCAUUUUUCCAGCCUAUGUUCCAAACAUUAGUCUCACCAUGCUGUGUUUUGAGCGUAUUCCUGUGAAAUGUUUUUGCAGGGUAGCGUGACUUUGAGACAACACACUGAUAGUUCAGGAAAGUUUUUAGAAGCCCCAGGAAUAAACUUUUCAUUGAUAAAUUUGAAACCUAUUUGUCUUCAGUUAUUGACCUCUAUUAAGACAAUAGCCAUUUCCUGUGGGAAAGGUUCCUUCUCUUGGGUUUUUUCCCUCUGGUUUCCCCUCACCCCACAAUGUUGGUUAUGUUUAUUGCAUUUCCUAUGUCUUCAAAACAGCUUCACCUUUUAAAGAUGGGGUUCUUUUUAUUUCCAAUAAAAAGCAGGACAUGUGAAGUCCAUUUCGUUGAUAAUUAACAGGAGUUUGUAAAGAAAAGGCCUUUGUGUUUUGUGGCUCACCUUUCUCAGUGCUGGAGAGUAAAGUAAAAAACUAAUUAAUCUAGGGCUCCCCCCAAAUCUUAUUAUUGAAGAUGCAGCACUACCUUACAGAAUUGUGACUUGGUAGGCUUCCUUAUCUGUCUAAGAGGCUUUAGAGAUGUACCCUGCCCCUCUUGUUUUACAACGUAAUU